AUGGUCCGCUUACCGCUGCCACAGAGGCUCAGCUCGCACUUAUCAGUUAGAAGCUCGAGCUCGACGCCUGGACAGAGCAGAAGUACGAGUCCGAUGCGCUCCGUGGAAAGCAAGCCUCUCCUCAUCAAAGUGUCCGUGAUUAAGGGACGAAAUCUUGCGGCCAAAGAUCGAGGUGGGACAAGUGAUCCGUAUCUAGUGGUGACAUUAGGAGACGCGAGGCAAUCAACACCAACGAUAACGAAGACCCUUAACCCGGAAUGGAACGUGUCGUUCGAGAUGCCCGUGGUGGGGGUGCCCCUGUUGGAAUGUAUCUGCUGGGAUCAUGACCGGUUUGGCAAGGACUAUCUGGGCGAGUUCGACAUCGCAUUGGAGGACAUUUUUGAGGAGGGGCAAAUUAGCCAAGAGCCCAAAUGGUACACCCUCAAAUCGAAACGACUAUCGCAACGCUCGAAUCGAAAGAAGAAGAAGAAGGACAGCGAUGUCUCGGGAGAAAUUCUCUUGCAAUUUUCGCUCGUCGACUCUGCGAAUCCUACUGCAGCACCCUCGGACACAUAUCGCAAAUUUAGAGGCCUGGUGUGUACUGGCGAGGAGGAUGAUCAGCUUGACCAGAUUCCGACUACCGAGGACCUGGACGAUUUGGACGAACAGGAGACUUCCGAUGAGACGGAUGAUUUAACGAAGCCGGAGAUUGUUGAGAAGCGCCGACGGCGCCUCCGCUUGGCACGUUUGAGACGCAAUUCCUUGGCUGCCAGGGCGUAUCAAUUCUCGGGCUCUGGAAGUGGCGUUCAAGGUAUUGUAUUUAUAGAAAUAAUACGGGUGACUGACCUUCCUCCGGAACGGAAUGUAACGCGAACGUCAUUUGACAUGGACCCCUUCGUCGUCACAUCUCUGGGGAGAAAGACGCUCAGAACACCCGUUGUGCGCCACAACCUGAACCCUAUCUACAACGAAAAGAUGGUUUUCCAAGUUAUGAAACAUGAACAGACAUACACCAUCAGUUUUACCGUGAUGGAUCGAGACAAGUUCUCAGGCAAUGACUUUGUCGCCUCUGCCAAUUUCCCUCUGCAGAAACUCAUCCAGUCGGCCCCAGAGGCAGAUCCUGAGUCUGGUUUGUAUCAUUUUGUUGAGACUGACGAGCCAAGCCCCUUGCCCAAAAGUACUUCUGGGUUCGCCGUCAGCCCGUCACCAUCUUCUAAGAGUCUCUCCAAGAUGGGCCGACCUACAUUGAAGACAGAUGAGGAAGGCUUCCGGCCCUACCUGAUUCCCCUGACCCUCAAGAACCGAGACAGAUGGGAAGACAAGCAUUCCCCCGAGCUGCACGUGAGAGCAAAGUAUCUACCAUAUAGCGCACUCCGACAGCAGUUCUGGAGACUGAUGCUGAAGCAAUAUGACGCGGAUGACAGCGGCCGCAUUGAUAAGGUUGAGAUGACCACGAUGCUUGAUACCCUUGGAUCCACUUUAAAGGAGUCGACCAUCGAUAACUUUUUCCACCGAUUCGGGGCUGAGAACGAGCCCAGCGACACUGCCGACUUGACUUUUGAUCAGGCUGUCAUCUGUCUGGAAGACACCCUGCGGAUCCUGCAAAAACGGAAUUCCGUCUUACCACCCCUUCCCGGAAGACCUGGUCUUACAUCGUCUGUCGGAAGCCAAGAAAGUGAGGAGCCAUCCAGCAGCAGCGAUGAGCUCGCUUUAGAUUCCAGCACCGUCUUGCCAUUAAAUACUGACCCGCACGACACAGCUGUUCCAACGGUAUCCAGCGACGAACAGCCCAGCUCGAACGAUGACGAACUACGGCCCGAUGACCUCGGAGAUGAAAGAGGAGAAGAACAUGUUGUAGAAAUCCGGGAAUGCCCCCUGUGUCACCAGCCUCGCCUUGGAAAACGAUCAGAUGCGGAUAUCAUCACUCACAUUGCCACUUGUGCCAGCCAUGACUGGCGCCAGGUCGACAAUCUCGUUAUGGGCGGCUUUGUGACAUCCAGUCAAGCCCAGCGGAAAUGGUAUUCUAAGGUCAUUACCAAGAUCUCCUACGGCGGAUACAAGCUCGGGGCCAACUCCGCCAAUAUUCUUGUCCAGGACCGGAUCACAGGCCAAAUCAACGAGGAGCGCAUGAGUGUUUAUGUACGUCUCGGAAUCCGCUUGCUCUACAAGGGCCUCAAGAGUAGGGACAUGGAGAAAAAGAGGAUUCGCCGUGUUCUGCGCUCCCUCAGUAUCAAACAAGGUCGGAAAUACGACGAUCCGGCGUCGACCAGUCAGAUCCGGGACUUCAUCAAUUUCCAUCAAUUGGACAUGUCAGAGGUCCUCCUGCCUAUAGAGGAGUUCCGCAACUUCAACGAGUUCUUCUACCGCGCAUUGAAACCGGGUGCUCGCCCAUGCUCUGCUCCUAAUGAACCUAGAAUAGUUGUGUCCCCUGCCGACUGCCGCUCCGUGGUCUUCGACCGAAUGGAUGAAGCGACCAGCAUCUGGGUGAAGGGCCGAGAAUUCUCAGUCGAAAGAUUGCUAGGCGAUGCCUAUCCUGAGGACGCGGAUCGGUACCGCAACGGCGCACUCGGUGUAUUCCGCCUAGCUCCUCAGGAUUACCACCGAUUCCACGUUCCUGUGGACGGAGUCAUGGGAGAGCCCAAGACCAUUGAGGGCGAGUAUUAUACAGUGAAUCCGAUGGCUAUCCGCUCUGCACUGGACGUUUAUGGUGAAAAUGUACGAGUUUUGGUUCCAAUUGACUCGGUUGCGCAUGGCCGCGUCAUGGUCGUCUGUGUGGGAGCCAUGAUGGUUGGUAGCACGGUGAUCACUCGCAAGGCGGGCGAAAAGGUCAGCCGAGCGGAAGAGCUUGGGUACUUUAAGUUUGGUGGCAGUACACUCCUUGUCUUGUUUGAGGAGGGAGUGAUCAAUUUUGACAAAGACCUUGUGGAUAACUCCAAAGGUCCCUUGGAGACCUUGAUCCGAGUAGGCAUGUCUGUUGGCCAUAGUCCCAACAUGUCUCCCCAUGAGCCGGAUAUGCCGAAGAAGGCAGAGAACGUCACUGAGGAAGAAAUGCAAGAGGCCAAGCGGCGCAUCGAAGGUAGCCUGGCGCCUCAGAGCGGUCGGGCCACCUUCAGCGCCGUCCCUUAA